GGCGGGAGCUGCCGCUCGGCUGCGCCUGCCGGGGACGGCGCCUGCCCCUCGCCUCCGCCGCGGGAUGGCCGCCUCGGGCGGGCUGGGCUGACCGGAGCGGACCGAGCUGCUGCUGCCGCCGCCGCCGCCGCCGCCUGGCGAGGACCAUGCCGUCGGGAAGGGAACCGGGCGCCCUUCGGCUGCGGGAUCCGAGCGGGGCGUCCGCCCUGUCGUCAGCGCCCGGCAGCGCCUAACCCCGCGCCGCCCUGCCGCCGCGCAUCGCCAUGGACGAGCGCUUCAACAGGUGGCUGCUGCCGCCGCUGCUUGCGCUGCUCUUCUUGCUCAUCGUCUACCAGUACGUGUCGCCCGCCUGCCCCGGCGCUGCCUGCCCCCGCCGCCCGCCGGCCUCCGCCGCCCGCCGCGGGGGGGGCCCGGCGGAGCGGGAGGAGGAAGAGGAGGCGGCGGCGGCAGCGGUGCCGCCGCGGCUAGUGGCCAAGUUCCCCUUCGCGCGGGGGGAGUUGUGCCGGCGGGUGCGUUUCGACAUGCGGGGCCGCGACGUGAUCGUUUUCCUCCACAUCCAGAAGACGGGCGGCACCACCUUCGGGAGGCACCUGGUGCGCAACAUCCGCCUGGAGCAGCCCUGCUACUGCCGGGCCGGGCAGAAGAAGUGCGCCUGCCACCGCCCGGGCGGCGACAAGGACACCUGGCUCUUCUCCCGCUUCUCCACCGGCUGGAGCUGCGGGUUACACGCCGACUGGACCGAGCUCACCAGCUGCGUCCCCGCCGCCAUGGAGCGCCGCGGAUGCGCCGGCAACCGCACCCUCAGGAACUUCUAUUACAUCACGAUGCUGAGGGAUCCAGUGUCACGGUACUUGAGUGAAUGGAAGCACGUCCAGAGGGGUGCGACGUGGAAGACUUCCCUUCACAUGUGUGAUGGAAGAAGCCCAACACCAGACGAGCUGCCUACCUGUUAUGAAGGAGACGACUGGUCUGGAGUCAGUUUACAGGAAUUCAUGGAUUGUAGCUACAACUUGGCCAACAACCGCCAGGUGCGCAUGCUGGCCGACCUCAGCUUGGUGGGAUGCUACAACUUGACUUUUAUGAAUGAGAGUGAAAGAAAUAUGAUUCUUCUGCAAAGCGCCAAGAACAAUCUGAAAAAUAUGGCCUUCUUCGGGCUCACAGAAUUUCAGAGGAAAACGCAGUAUCUCUUUGAGAGGACAUUCAACCUGAAAUUCAUUUCCCCAUUCACCCAAUUCAAUGUUACGCGGGCCUCCAAUGUGGACAUUGGUGAGGAUGUGCGGCAACGGAUAGAGGAGCUGAAUUUCUUGGAUGUGCAGCUUUACGAAUACGCGAAGGACCUGUUCCUGCAGCGCUUCCAGUACUCCAAGCAAGAGGAGCAUCAGAAGAACCGGCUAAAGAGGCGAGAGGAGCGGCGGCUUCUGCGGGAGCAGAGAGCUCACCAGUGGCCAAGGGAAGAGGCAGCAGAAGUAGCCAUUACUGAAGAUUAUAACAGUCAAGUUGCAAGGUGGUGACUCUUCUCCAUCUUGACUAACCCAUGAGAGGAUCAGAGAGUGUGCGCGACUUGGCUACCUGGGAAUUAGCCAAGGAAGGCUUACCGCUUUGGUAAACGAGACUGCGUCUGACAACUACCCCUCCUUGUCUCCAUUUUUCUUGCCAGUGAGGAGAAUGUAUUUUUUUCUCAAUAGGCAUUAAUUAGUGUUAUUAAAUAGUAGAAUAGAUUCCUGUCCAUAAAGACUUCAUUCAAAGCCCUAAGCUAUGAGGAUGGGUUGAAGAGAGAGUAUUAACAGAUGCACCCUAUACAAUCUGAGCUACCAAAACUUGUGCAGAGAUGAAUGAAAAAUUAAAAAAAAAAAUUUAUUUUAGUUCCUCUGUGACAUGAGAGCUGGUUAAUUUCAUACUGUCCUUUGCAGCUGUAGUGUGUAGCUUUCUAGUGAAUGCAAUGGAGGAAAACGUAUUGCCCUUCAAGCUUCUACAUGUUGUGUUUUGAUUAAGGGAAGAAUUUGCUGAGGUGAUUAAAAAAGACCUAGGAAAUGUGGGACUGGGACAUCGCUUGUUCUGUUCUGUUAGCCAGCAAUCAGAGAUGAUUUAUAAGUGAAGUGAUGGGGGUGUUAGCCUAUUUUUCUACGAUGUCGAGAGUACCAAGCCCGGCCAGGUAGCAGGCAUCUUUCUGAGUGUGCGUGGCAAAGAGAAAGCAUUGAGAAAUGAGGUCCAAGUGGCAGCUGGGCACACGUUGCUGAGAUGAUCUGCCUGGAGGCAAAGAAAUCAGCCAUCACGUUCACAAAAGGUGAAGAGAGGCCAAGCAAACUACAGGGAAGAGGGAAGAGAGAACAGGAAAAGCUUAAAUAUUAGUGUGACAUUUUCCAGAUUUGCUGUAAAAGCCUGGAGAUAUAUUGUCUGUGAAGGCAGGCAGGUUUAUGAUGUUGUCUGUUAAAAUACAUUGAUGCCAAGUGAAUACAAUUUAAAUUGGUUUUCUCUCUAACUACGGUAGUGGCUAGAAAAAAAAUCAGCUUUCAUUUUUAUAGGAUACAUAAUGGAUAUGUGGAAAGUCUUGAUAUUUAUUACUCUGUAUGAAGAUUCUUUGUAAAUUUAUUGUUUUCAUGAUGAGAGGUCUGUAUCUGUUUUUCUUCCUUGUCUAGAAAAAGAGUCAAUGGGUUCUUCCUCCACAUGUUACAUCCUUGUGGCUAAACCGCAUCUAUUUAUUCCAAGAUUUUAUGUUGUUCCAUUUGUAAUAGUGGAAUUUUAAAGAGGGUCCUGUGCACCAUAGAUCUUUUGAGAGAGUUUUUUUCCUUCUUCUUCUAGCAUAAAUGUAAAGCAUUAGGAAGAAAUUUCUCUAAGUGCCUCAACGUGGCUGCUAAAUCGAGAUGCUGAAAGUAUAUUAUUGCAUGCAUGAAUGGCUUUUACCUUACAGAUUUGCUAAUUAGAAAUACCAGAGUACCUGAUGUGGAUGCACAUUUCUCAUUUAUUUUCAAAAUUCAAGGUUUUUAAGCAGUUGGUACAAAAACUAUGUGUUACAGAAAAAAAGAGGCUGAAUUUGAAAAUUUGUCCCUUCAUUUCCAAGCCUUUUGUUUCUAGUGUAUGCUGUACCUUCUUUUCUUCCGACAAUGCUAUUGCUACUUAUCUAUGCACAAUACCAAAAAUACCAUCUAACAAUGUUGUUGAGAGUUAAUGCAUACAAUAAUACAUUAAACAUGGAAUAUCAUAAUGGCUAUUUAAGAAGUGAAGAGGGCUACCAGGAUGAUGCCUCAUUAUCAAUGUAGUUUAUUAGCAAUAUGCUGCUUUAUGCCUGAUUGUCAACAUGCUAUUUUUGGGGUGAGUAGCAGUGGCUUUUGGUCCAUAACACCUGUUCCACUGGUAGAUCAUCCGCAUCUCCUCCCACCUCUGCAUUUGGAAGGGAGAACGCAGGACUGCAGAUCAUUAUUCUCCUGCCCAAGCACAGCAUGUCUGCCUUAGAGAAGAGUGAGGAGCUCUCUAGACUCCCCGGACAGUACUACUUGGAUCCCCAUCACGUGGAAGAGGCGCUCAGACCCCUUGCUCGUAUAUGGACACCUACCUUCAAAGAAGUAAAUGGAAAUGUUUAUAGUCUAGGACUGAAGCUCAUUCUGUGUGGCUGCAGGAUGGUGAGCCAUGAAGAGCUAAGCCUGGCUGGUGUUAUUGCACCUUUAGCGCAGUGCAGGUAAUUCCCAGUGAACUGCCAUCUUACCCGCUGGCAACGGGGCUUCAGGCUGGGCUGGCCCUGGCCCUGUGGAGGGAGGAGCUUUCCGGCUGCUGAUGCAGGGAUGAUAGGGAGCUGCUGCAUCUCCCCGUUCCCAGGCCCAUCGCUGCAUCUUGCUGCAGUCUCCACAGGAAGAGAGGGGAAGGAUGCCUUUGGCACCCAAUAUGCCAUGUCCAGAAUUUCCACCUGCAACUCUUGUUUCUGUGAGAGCAGGGGGCUAUGGGUGCUGGGGGGGCAGGGCCCAAAGGUCACCCUGGCAGAGGCAGAGGUGGGUUGGGCAGUGGUGCAGGGCAUGCAGGAGACGCCAGGCUGGCAGGCAGGGCAGGGGGGCUUGGCAGGUGCAGGGCUGCACAGGAGAGAAGCCAGCCACGUAGGAGGAAAGAUGCAAGGCCAAAUUCACAUGAAGGAGGAAAAUAAGCAAGGAAGUAGAAUCAGCCCCAGCCUGUCUUUUUUUGUUAAACAUCCCUUUUUCCUCCUAAGCAUGAAAAAAAGGGUCCCUUUCCUUGCAUCCCUGCCUCUUUCCCCAGCAGGGCACCUCUCUGCACUGCUUAUGGAAAUGGGGGCCUCAUUUUUCAUUUAGAAAUGAAUGCAGUGUUAUCUUUUCAGGGGAGAGGAGAGAGAGCUUAGAAAUUGUUCCCUGCAGCCUCACCAGUGACUGUGAGUAUCAGUUUCAGCUGUCCAAGCACACCAACCAUUCUCCAAACUACUCCUUCUGCCUAACACAAAACAAAGCCUGACGAGGAAAAUCGAAGCAGUCUUUGGGUGGUUUACAUUAGCUUUGAUAGUUUGGCAAUACCUUAAUGCAAUGCCUAACCUUUUUGUCAGUCAUUUCCCAGGAGACAAGAAGAGCUGCUAAUGUGCUGUAGCAUCUAUGUUAACGGGAUUUGCCUUAACGCUUGGGAUUUAGUUGAAGUUGGUUUGAUGGUUUUGUUUUUUUUCCCUGGAGCCUAUGUGGCAGGUAGCCCUGAUCGUGCAGGAGCAGUUGAGGGGGUCACAGCCAGUGGCUGAGAUCUUGCCCAGAGCCUCUGAGGCUGAAGGGCCCGGCACCUCCUUCCCCAGGUCCAGCAGUAGAUCCAGCAGACUCAGUGUGCCAACAAUACUGUUUUUCUUUGCAGAAUUUCCUGGCACUUGAAAAAGAAAGCAGUUUGGAAAUACUUUCAGGCUGACUUCUAAGACACAGGCUUGCAGCUUUUUUCCUCUGGGGCGCUAUGCCUGAAAUAAUGUAACGUAAAAGCAAAGUAAAGGCCCUGGUUCGUAUCUCUGUUACUCCAGGUUUUCGUUGCUUUGACAGCACAGACUUCACUGUAAUUACACUGGCUCGUAUAAGAUUGGAGCUCAGCGUGUUUCUUUCAGAACCUUCAUGGGCAACAGCGCUAUAGGAUUUCUGUCCAUCUUCCUGGCAUUAUUUUGUUGCUUAAACAAGGCAAUUUGGCUUCUGCUACUGUGAGGCUGAAACAAAUCUCAUUCCUUUGUAAUGGAGAUGUACUUACUAAUCUCUCCCAUCACAUCCUCAGCACUGGUUGCCUUUUCCAGUUGUAAUUCACUGUAGGCUUGGAGCAGACAGAGAAACAUGCUGUGUCAUUAAAACUUGUUCCCAGUAAUUCGAUCUCUAGUCCAAGAACUCAGCCUAUUGCCUGUGGGCCAUACUUUAUUAAGGAAUGAAAAUUUGUCCUCUCUUCCCCACUCAUCAGUGCUAACAAUAAAAAGCUUUUUCACCAUGGGGAAAGCAAAAAACCACUGUUUCUGAUGUUGAGUAUUCUUCAGCUGUGUUAAUAGUGAGGCUGCGAUAGCCUUGCUAGGGCUUCUACCCAGUAUGCGGUAGUUAUUUGCAGUUCACUAAAAACAGAAGUACAGAACAAAAAAGUGAUGGCAGUUAGAUCCCGAGUCAAGCUUCCUAAGUGCAGCAUAUCCAUUCAACCAAACCAAAUGGCAGGUCACAUCACCUUUGCAUCUGGACAUGUUUCAGAUUUGACGUCCACUACUAAACCAGGAGGUUUCUCAAGUUGGCAGUCGUGUUAACACAUGCUUCCUUCUCCAGUACUGGGUUCUUGUUUCCCACCUGCAGUCUUGUAUCAGUUAUGAGCACUGAUGUUAUAAACCUUAUCUCACUGACACUUCUUUUUUCCUCCAUUGCUGUUCCCAUGAUAUAUGUGGAAUUAAUCUUUUUUGGUCUGGGAUAAAGGAAUAUCUUUUUUCCAGGCUGGUGGAGACUACUCUUUACGAGAUGAACAAUCACAAUGAAAUAAUUCUGCUAGAGCAGAUUGCUGUAUCCUCCCUACGUGGCAAAAGCAUACUCAGAAAAGGUACCCAGUUUGCACUGAAACACUUCUUUCAGUUUGGUUCUUGUAAUACUUUCUUUGCUGAUAUUUUGUGGAGGCAAAUGGGUUCCAUAGCCUACAAUGUCCUUGGCUUUCCACUUGGACAUGUCACUAGCUCUGUGAUUUCAAAUAAGUGUUGGAAGUUAAAAAAAAAAUAAAUCAAGAGUUCCCAUCAGUUGCCAUAUUUAAGAUGAAAGGGUAAAUUAAUAGGCUGUAAAUUACUUUAUUCUUUAGAAAUUUUCCUUCUGUUUAUGUGCAAUAAUGUGUGUGAACUCUGCUACUAAGAGAUUGUAUUGUGAGUAACCAUAUCUACUUUUAUUCCUAUUUACAAGAUAGUUUGUAGACCUAGGGAUUUUCAUUGAUGUAAAGCACAAUUUAAUGAAUUAUUUAAUGUGUUUAACCAUUGUGAUGUCAGAAGCAAUUGUUUUCAUAUAUUUAUUUGUUGGUGGUUUUCUGUAAAAUGAUGCUCAUUAAGAAAUCUGUUAAAAAUGAAGUUUUGUUGAAUAUUGUUGGGUCCAUGAAUUACUUAUGAGCAACAAAUAAACAUUGAUUGCG